AUGCGUCCGGCUACCGCAGUGCUCCUGCUGUCGUGUGUCUGCGCUCUGCUGGGCGGCUCCAGCGCGCAGUACGACGACUACGGCGGCGGAGAGCACGGCGGAGACUACGACGGCGACUACGGCGGCGGCUUCGGCGGGCACGACGGAGGUUUCGGCGGAGACCACGGCGGCCACGAUGGUGGUUUCGGCGGAGACCAUGGUCAUGACGGCGGAGAUUUCGGCGGUGACCACGGCCAUGGCGGCGGCGACUUCGGCGGCGACCAUGCCGGCGGUUUCCGGAGCCAGGGUGGCGACCAGUUCGGUGGCGACCGGUUCGGCAGCGAGCACCACGGCGACCACGAGCUUUGA